AUGAGAGAUGUCAACAAAUCUUUGCUUUGCAAGCAAGCAUGGAAUCUGAAGCAUGGGAACUCUGCAUUGACCAGCUCCCUCAAGGCUCAUUUCAUGAAAAAUGGCCUCCCUAAAAAAACUAUUAGACCCUCAUUUAUAUGGCCUGGUAUUCGCAAAAUGUGGUCUUUCAUAUCUAGCAAGGAGAGACAGAUUGUAGGCAACGGGAAAAAAACCAACCUCUGGAAUGCAAGCUGGUUGGGGGAUUUUUCUAUUGUGGAAGCCUCUGGUAAUGCUCUCUCUCCUAUCAUCAAUUCGACGACCACAGUCUUUGAUAUAAUUUCAAACUGUAAGUGGACUAUCCCUGAGGUUCAUUCAAGUGCUCUAAGGGAUGCCUUCUUUGCAGCCAAAUUAAUCAGGCUUACUCAGUUUGAUAUGGAAGACCAAUACUUUUGGAGUGGAUCAACAAUAGGGGCUUUCUCCACUUCCUCUGCUUGGAAUGAAAUCAGACAACGAAACCUAAAGGUUCCCUGGUUCUCCCUUGUCUGGAAUAAGAUGCUACAACCUCGCCAAUCUGUGUUUGGCUGGCGUCUGAUGCACGGGAAAAUGCCCAUGGAUGAUAUCAUUUCCCAAAAAGGUAUUCCCUUGGUCUCAAAAUGUUACCUCUGUGGUUUGGAUGCUGAAUUAAAAUUUGGAAGCAGUUCACUGACUGCUUUGGGGUAA